UACAGAACAGGAAGUACAGUGUGAACAGUUAGCGGAUCUGUUUGGUCACUUCCUGUUGUAGAAGACAUGUGUUGUGCAGUCAGAAGCUCCUCGGUCCAUCAGUGCAGCUCUACUGAAGUUCAGGAAGGAUGGUGCGUAUCGUGUCUCUGCUUCUGCUGGUGUCUCAGGUGGGGUGUGAUACCAGUCUGGACGGCUACUGGAUGUCCUGGAAGACUGAAUUUAAUAAGAAGUACAGCAGCCCGAAUGAGGAAGCCUGCAGAAGAGCCAUUUGGCAGGAGAACGUUCUGGAAGCCACCAAGCACAACACAGAAGCUGCAGCAGGACGCCGAACCUUCACCAUGGGGACCAACCAUCUCUCAGACAUGACGCCAGAAGAAAUCAACAGACGCUUGAAUGGACUAAGAGGCGAGAACAUCGCUCAUCAUGAUGCUAACAAGAGCUUCCUCUUCCUGACUGACUUCUCCGUCCCGUACCACGUGGACUGGGUCACGAAGGGCCUCGUCAGCCCUGUCCAGAACCAGGGUAUGUGUGGAUCCUGCUGGGCGUUCAGCGCUAUCGGAUCUUUGGAAGCUCAGAUGAAAAAGAAGUCGGGUCGCCUGGUUCCUCUGAGCGCCCAGAACCUGGUGGACUGCAGCGUCAAGGACGGAAACCACGGCUGCAAGGGAGGAUUCAUCAGUAAAGCCUUCAGCUACAUCCAACAGAACAACGGAAUCGACUCGGCCUGGUACUACCCGUAUGAAGCGAGGGAGGGUUCCUGUCGUUACUCCUCCGAGAACAAGGCUGGGCACUGUACUGGGUUCUGGAUUCUUCCACGCAAUGAAUCAGUGCUGAGGUUGGCGGUCGCUGCCGUCGGACCGGUUUCAGUCGGAAUCAACGCCAAACUGCCAUCGUUCCACAGAUACAAGAGCGGGAUUUAUUACGACCCCCUGUGUGACUCCCGGGCGGUGAACCACGCUGUUCUGGUGGUCGGCUACGGGAAGGAAAAUGGACUGGACUACUGGCUGAUCAAAAACAGUUGGGGUACGGCGUGGGGAGAGAACGGGUAUUUUCGACUUGCCCAGAACAGAAACCACUGUGGAAUCGCCAACUUUGCCAUCGUGCCGAAAGUCUGAGAUCGCUACCGCUGCCUCGUUUCCCUGCAGUUUUUUUUUAAAGAACUGAAACCAAACCAGCACAGAUUUGCUUCUAUUAUUUGCUUUUAUUAAAGAUAAUCGUUCACUCUUGAUUAUAAAGGUUAAAAAAAUUGUGCGUUAUUAAAAACCUGUAUUAUUUUAUGU